GUCCACCUUCCCCGCAUUUUCCCCGCAUUCCUGACCCACGGGGAAAACGUUACAUUGGUGUCAGAAGUGGGAUUGCUUCAGUUGUUCUUGUGGAAGCAAGGAUAAGGAUUUAUAAUAGGGACGCACAUCUUGAAAAUUGCAUGCAAAUUUGCAGGUGGAAAUAUCUGAUAAAAUGUCGGAUAUUGAGAGUAUGGAUCAAACAAAGGAACAAAAGAAAACCUGGGUCUUCUUUAAGAAUGACAACGAGCAUAUAAAAAACCCUUUGACAGGUGAUACAACUUUGCCUGUGGAACAAAGAAGUUCCCCCACACAGGAUGGGGAGAAGGAUACCCCGGAUUUUAGUAACCAAGGAAUAAGACAAGAGCAAGUAGAAAGUAGGAAACGAGAAGCAUUAAACCCCUUUUUCGAGCCUACAUAUGCUUUUCUGAGACAGACAGUUAAACAUACCGGCUCUAUAGGGACGAUAAGUGCCCCAACACCUGUCUCAAUAGGGUACAGAGGAGAGCAAAGUAAAGUGCCCACUGCACAAGCCAGUGGAUUUAGCACUGGAUAUUGGACAGGAGAUAAUUGGACCACGGGUGGUAAACCGUGGAAGGAUCCUAUGGAGGAAAUAGGGACGCAGGAUUUCCCUUUAGUGAACAGGAAUUUGAUCAAUUGGCCUGGAAAAGAAAAAUUGGAAUCAAACCCAUUCAUGGAUACCGUUCAAGAAAAUGGGAUGGAGAGGGCGUCUGACCCCUGGAAUUCACCCACCCUACAGUUGGGAUCUAGGAAGAAGUUCCCCAAAACAUCCACAAGAAUGACACCGGGAAGGGAUACCCCAAAGUGGAGAGAGUGCUC